AUGUUUAUGAAACUUAUGGAAGAAAAUGAAUUAUCUUCCCACCUUCAUUCAUUCUGCAAGCAAGCUAAUGUUGCUUGUUCUACAAAUGCACUGAUGAAGAACACAAUGGACGACACAACCCUUCCACCAAUAGCUCAGUGGAAUGCUAUCAAAGAGGUAUAUGAUCGUGUUCCAAAUGAAACACCGGCCCUGUUGGUUUCCAGCCUAGGUGGGUUGCCAUUUUUCCAAGAGUCAAUGGUAAAAGAGGGAGCUUCCAUGUCUAUCCCUGAUCUAAGGGACCCAAUGUCAUACAAAUCAUUCUUACCACGAUCUCUGGCAUCAAAAAUUCCAUUUUCCUCUGCCCAGAUCGAGGAAUUAAAGAAGAUUUUUGGUGUGAUGGAUGACUCAAACGUGGAUGAUUAUAUUCAGAAGACACUCAAAAUAUGCGAGGAGAGACCCAUUCGAGGUCAGCAGAGCACCUGUGCUACGUCAGCUGAGGAUCUCAUCGAUUUUGUAGUCGAGAAAUUAGGGCACCAUGUAAGCAUAUGGAGUACGGAGAGUGUGGAAGGAUCUUAUGAGAAUGUCACAAUUGGAGCUGUGAAACUUAUAUAUGGAAACCUCUCCGAACCACCAGCCUUAUGUCAUAGUCGACCAUUCCCAUUUCAAGUCUAUUAUUGUCAUGUUUUACAGAGAGUAAAAGUAUAUGCAGUUGAUAUACAUGCUCGGAAUAAAGUGAAUCAUGCGAUCAUGGUAUGCCACUAUGACACAUCAACUUGGAAUCCAAAUCAUCUUGCUUUUAAGCUGUUGGGUUUUGGCCCAGGCCUAAUUGAAGUAUGUCAUUGGGUAAACAAAAAUGGAUUGGUCUGGACAAAGUCUCUAGGUUGA